CAGGAAGCUGUGAGCACCAUGGCCUGGACUCCUCUCCUGCUGGUGCUCCUCUCUCUCUGCACAGGUUCCCUCUCCCAGCCUCUGCUGACUCAGCCGGCCUCCCUCUCUGCGUCUCCGGGAGCAUCAGCCAGACUCACCUGCACCCUGAGCAGUGGCUACAAUGUUGGCAACUAUAGCAUAUACUGGUAUCAGCAGAAGGCAGGGAGCCCUCCCCGGUACCUCCUGAGGUUCAAGUCAGACUCUGAUAAGCACCAGGGCUCUGGGGUUCCCAACCGCUUCUCUGGAUCCAAAGAUGCCUCGACCAACGCAGGGCUCCUGCUCAUCUCCGAGGUGCAGCCCGAGGACGAGGCUGACUAUUACUGUGCUGUGUGGCAUGGCGACACUAAUGCUCACACGGUGCUCCAGACCAGUGAGGAAGAGCAACAGAAACAUCGUCCACUCACCCCUGCUCGUGGCUCGGAUGAAGUCUAGCUCAGGGGGUGACUUCUAAUUGUCAGAUGUUAGACAAGCAACUGAUUUUCCUUAAACCAGCAGAUUUGAUAAUAUUGUAUUUUGCUUCAAUUUAGCUUUUAGAUUGCUAAGAUGCUUUUAUCCAAUGCAGGUUUUCCUGGGCAAACAUUUCUUGUUCAGAGACAAAAAUUUUUCGAUAAAGACAUUGGCUGAGCCCAGAAGAGGUGGUUUCAGGCCAGGCCCAGCUCAGGGUCACGGGUUCAAUAAGACAGGCUUCUGUGAGUGUUUCACUUGGGAUUUUGUGAUAUAAAAGUCAACAUGCAGAAAUGAAUUGUAUUUUGUAGUUCAGUAAUGAACCUCCAGUUUCUGAAAAUAAAACCACUAGCAUGUAUGAUACAAUCAAUAUAAAACACUUAAAUCUGAGGACUAUCAGAAGUCUGUGCAUUGAAAAUUACAAACAUGCAAGAGAAAUUAAAGGCAUAGUGAGUAGUGACUCCUCAUCUGUAGUUCGAAACACUGAAUGUCACUAAGAUAACAGUCAUUUAAAGUAGUGCAACAUAACAUUGUAAAGCCACACACCAGGCUUCCCUGUCCCUCACUGCUGGGAGCCAGUGUGAGGAAUC